AUGUCGUCUGCGGAUGAUUUAGGUCAGUUCCUUCAGAAGCACGACUGCGCCCCGCCCCUCGCGCCAGAGAAGGACACGAGCGAAGAGGGCGCGGGCAAGAACAGUCUUACUGAGUCUUCAGAACUAGAUGAUGAAGGCAGCGUGGACGGAAACGGCGUCACCACACUUAUGGAGGCAGCUAAGAGGAACGAUGUGGAUGCGGUGAAGCGCUACAUCCCUUAUCAGGCAAGAAUGGUGGCGAAGCUUGUCAAUGUGGGAGGCAUAAAUAUAUAUGAGGGGACAGCCCUGAUGGUCGCCGCGGUGCUUGGACACGCUGAGGUGGUGAGGCUGCUGAGAAAGCAUGAGAGUUGCAUGAGGAGCAGUAAUGAAUGGACAGCCCUUAUGUGGGCAGCAUUUAUUGGCCACGCUGAGGUCGUGAGACUACUUUUAAGGACUGAAGGUGGCAUGAAGAAGGGUAAGGGCUGUACUGCUCUCACGGUUGCAGCAGGCUAUAAUCAUCUAGACUGUGUCAGGUUACUGCUGGAGAGGGAGAAGAAUGUCGGUGGCGAGUCUGCCAUCCGUAUGGCUAAUAGGUGGAAUCACUCUAGGGUAGUAUCUCUUCUUGAAAGCAAUGGUAUUAGGCUAGUGGAUCCCUACUUGAGGAUACCGCCUAAAGAACCUGUGAGUGAACUCGCUUAA